GGCCAUGGCGGCCCGACUGCUCCCCCUCCUCCUCCCCCUCUUCCUGUUCGUCUCCAUGGUGAUGGAGACGCUCAGCUCCCGUCCGGACAGCGGAUGAAGCCGCGCGUCCAGAGAGACAGACGCAACAUCCGGCCGAACAUCCUCAUCCUGACGGACGACCAGGACGUGGAGCUCGGAUCCAUGCAGGCCAUGAACAAAACGCGCCGCAUCAUGGAGGAGGGCGGGACCUUCUUCUCCAACGCCUUCGUGACCACGCCCAUGUGCUGCCCGUCGCGUUCGAGCAUGCUCACUGGGAAGUACGUCCACAACCACAACACCUACACCAACAACGAGAACUGCUCGUCGUUGUCGUGGCAACGCCAGCACGAACCACGCACCUUCGGCGUCUACCUCAACAACACGGGAUACCGAACAGCGUUCUUCGGGAAGUACCUGAACGAGUACAACGGGUCGUACGUUCCUGCGGGAUGGAGGGAGUGGCUGGGCCUGGUGAAGAACAGCCGCUUCUACAACUACACACUGAGCCGCAACGGCGCGGAGAAACACGGCGCGCAGUACCCUCAGGACUACCUGACCGACCUGAUCACAGCCGAGUCCAUCCGCUAUUUCCGCUCCUCGAAGCGGAUCUACCCACACCGGCCGGUCCUGAUGGUUCUGAGCCACGCCGCGCCGCACGGACCCGAAGACUCGGCGCCGCAGUACAGCAACGCCUUCGCCAACGCAUCACAGCACAUUACUCCCAGUUACAACUACGCCCCAAACCCAGACAAGCACUGGAUCAUGCGCUACACGGGCCCCAUGAAGCCCAUCCACAUGGAGUUCACCAACGUGCUGCAGAGGAAGCGGCUGCAGACGCUGCUGUCUGUGGACGACAGCAUGGAGCAGCUCUUCAACAUGCUGGUGGAGACGGCAGAGCUGGAGAACACCUACAUCAUCUACACGUCUGACCAUGGCUACCACAUCGGGCAGUUCGGCCUAGUUAAAGGUAAAUCCAUGCCGUAUGAGUUUGACAUCAGAGUCCCGUUUUACAUCAGAGGACCGAAUGUGGAGCAAGGCGGCAUAAACCCCCACAUGGUCCUGAACAUCGACCUGGCUCCCAUCCUGGACAUCGCAGGCCUGGACACGCCGCCGGACAUGGACGGGAAGUCCAUCCUGUCCCUGUUGGACACGGACAAACCCGCCAACAGGUUCCAGGUGAGCAGGAAGCCGAAGGUGUGGAGAGACUCCUUUCUGGUGGAGAGAGGGUAA